UCAUUGAUGGCUGUUGUGUUUAUAUACGGGCACAUGUAGACCGAAAGUACUUAUAGUUUACGAUGGAUUUCUCGGCUCUCAUAGCCGAACUGCGAAAUAUUGCAAGCAGUUAUAACGGCCGAGACAUCGACUCAAAUGUUUCAACUGCCAUGUACUGCGAAAUGUUUCGCAAGAUUCUACAGAAGGCAGAGAGUGAGGUGGCAGCCUAUGAUGACCAAAUCGUGAUUCUCUGGAUGACUCUAUCCCAGCUCUGUCAGACCUACAAAACCCUCACCAAGUGUAAAGAGCGCAACAACCUCUACCAGCAUAUAUUUCUUCUGUGUGCAAAAGUAGUGUUGAACAUAAAGUGGCAACAGCUUUCAGAGGAGGAUCAGAGUAAGCAGAAUUUCCGUAAAACUGUGGAGGCCACGCACAACCAGCUGGUGCACGCUGGAUUUGAUCGUUUUGGUCUGCUGCUGAACAUCAUGGAAAACCCUUGGACAGAUCCCACCAUCACGAAAAUCAUGUCUGGAGACUCGGAGGACGAGAGUAACAGUGACACCGAGGAAGACGAGAACGAAAUGAGUGACGAAAGAAAAAAAGAACUCGAGGAGAAGAAGAGAAAGAAAACACAGGAGAGAGAAGAGGAGUUUAGUAAGUACAUUGCCACAGCGGACCCUCUAAUCCUGCGUUUGAGAGUAGAGAUGUUAAUGCAAGAGAACUGUGAAGAGUGGGCUCUUAAUCUCUGUAACUGUUGUCUGAAUCAGAGAAAGUAUCAAUCAGAUCUCGAGUUUAAAACAAUGCAGCUUCUUCUUCUCUUCAAACUGGGAAACAUGGACAAAAUCCAAGAAACGUGUGAAACCAUUGAGUGCCAUCAUGGAAUAUACAUCAUAGAACAGCUGGAAAAGAAGGAGACCAACCACAGUUUAUGCGUACGACUUAUACAGAUUUUUCUUGUUCAGGAUUGGAUAAGGCCUGACAGAAAUUGCUGUACAAAGAAGCUGCUCCAAAUGUGGAUUAAAUACCAGUCAGUAGAGGAUAAAGAUAGAGAUAAAUUUCUGGACAGUGUUUGGGCCAUUGCCAAGAUCUCCUCUAGUACUGACCAGGUCAACCAGCUGGUAACGGGGCUAGUCAAAAAGUGUGGCCUUAACUUACUUCAGCUAUACACAGACCUGUGUGUUUAUGCAAUUAACUUUGAUAAAGGAUGUUGUGAGCAGCAGAUGAUUCAGGGAAAUAUGGAAGGAGUUAAAAAGCAACAGUGGGCCAUCUCUGUUACUUGUAUCAAGCUCGCUGAUCUAUAUUGUAACUGUAGUCCAAAACUGGCUCGGACUGCAGCACUAACAGCAUUCUCCUUAAAUCCUACCAUUCAGAAUUUUAAUGUGGUGAGGAAAACUUUCACUGAUAAACGUAAGGAGAAAAUGCAGGCAAUGAAACAAGAUUCAUCAGAUGACAAGGGAAAAGAAGCACCACAAAAAGAAUACAAGCCAAGACAGAGUAAAUAUCUGCAGAAAGUGAAUCCUGCAACCAUUCAUGAAGUGGAACGUUUGCUCAACAUGCUACGUCCCUAUUAUCUGGACCCAGAAAUGGGAUUUGAAAAACUUCAGCCAGUGUGUCAAAAGUUCAUGGAAGAGAGAGGUGGUGGGAUAGUGGAACCACCAAAGAAACCGAUGCGACCUCCACCCAAAACAACACCAUCCCGCCAGAACUCGGAUAUCCAGUAUUACUGUGAUGACAGCACUGCAUUGUCCAGGCCUGCUAGUGCCUUGAUAAAAACAAAUGUUAAAAACCUGGCAAACAUGCCCCAAUCCUCUUCCUCUUCUGCUGAAUCCUCCUCCUCAGCCAAAGGUCAAUUAUUUGGUAACAAACCCCGUUCAUACCGUGCCAUGUCCCAACCAGAAACUGUUCCCAAGGUUAACAAAUCAUAUCGAGUCAAUACAAACUUAAACCAGAGACUUGUCCCGGCGAUACCUCAUUCACUUACUCCCAAAGUGUCUGCUGUUGAUUCUUCCAGUAACAUAAGUGAACUGCUAAAAGCCACAAAGACUCUGCUUCAAUACAAUCCCGAUAAAAGUUCGACUACAUCACAGUUAUAUCCCUCAUCCACCCAAGUACCAGCACCACAAGGUACUGGAACGGUUCACAGCCAGCAACAAGCCACAGAACUGUUACGUAGACAUAGUGUUAACCUUCCUGUGAAAACUGAUGGAAACAUUCUUAGUAGAAGUGAAGUCAUAGGAGAAGCUGGUGAUAAGUCCAUCUACCAUCACUUAUACCAGCCCCUUAAAGUGCAGGAACCAACCAGUUUGAAAACCACAAAGCCUCCAUCCAACAAAUUACAUGUUACUCAGAUUUCAUCUGCGAGCAAUUUUCCAUGUAGAUCUAGCAGCUAUAAUUUAGCAGCCCAAGUAAAUGUUCAGGGUAAUGCUCACGCUGCAAUAAGCAGACCAAUGGAAGGAAGUUUUCCAGCAGCUAGCAGUGCAGUAGACACUCGUCGACCAUCAGCAGAGGAACUUCAGAGCAUUGUUGAUUGGUUACAGCUGGGAACAGAGGAUGCUGUAUCUAAACAGAACAGUAUCAGUUAUAAUCCCUCCGUUCCUCAGACCCCUCCCCCAGCCCACAUCCCACAACCUUCCCUCCAGAACAGAGGACAAAGUACAGUUCAGGAAUCUCCAAUUCAUUCACCUUUGCCAUCAGGACAAAAAGUUGAUUUGAACACCCUUCUUUCAAAGCCACAAGUCAUGACCAAUGUACUAAAGAUUCAGCCAAAAGGAAAAACAGCUGUGCAAGAAGCAGCAUCACAGAUCUCUCAGAGAUUGUCAGACCUUCGGUCACAGACUGAUAGUAGGUCAAAUGAUGUGCAAUUGCUCCUUAAUCUACAGAGGAAAUCCCAUAGCAUACGAAAUCAACCUAAUGUGCCCAACACUGGUCAACCAGAGAAAGGAAUUCUCGGAAAGGAUGCUCAGAAGAAUCUCACUGACAAAGACCUGUCCUUAGAGGAAAUGAAAAGAAGGAUUGCAGAAAUUGUGCAAAAACAGAAACUUCUUUGUGCAGCUACACCUGACCAGCCAGCUAAAAGGAGAAGAUCUGCCUCACCAAAAGGAAAAAAACGAAGUAUGACCUCUUCAUCAUCAAAUCAGAGCAAGAUUAUAAACCAAGUUCAAACUCCAGCAGCUGUUGUAACACAAGAGAGUUGUAAGCUGGCCAGUGAACAGCAAACUGAUGUUCAAAAGCAGCAAAUACAGGAGUGGUUUAAUAACCGCCGACAAGUUCAACAGCAGAUAGAAAUGCAUAAACAGCAACCACAGAACACCAGCCUUUCAAAACCACAAUUAAUUCUACAGCACCAAGUUGCACCUAUUCAAUAUGUAUCAGCAUCACAGGUUGAAAACCUACAAAAUAGUGCAGUUCAAAGAACAAGUUCCAAAAGUCAAACCCCAGCUUUGUUUGGAAAUGCUGGUCCCCCACAUAGAAAGACAGAUCAAUAUGAACAAAGGCUUGGCUUAUUGUCAAAAUCAUCUCAUUUGUCUCCUACCAAGACAACUCUACUGGAGCAAAAGCUUCUUCAAGAUGACAGAGUAAUAGCUUCCACACAAGAUAGCAGGAAAUCUAGCAAUGUGUCACAGGCUUUACCACAUCUAGAUAUUUUACAGGACAGUGUACCUCAGCUUUCAGCAAGUAACCUGACAAAUCACUCACUUUACCCACCUCAGGCCUCACACAUGAGUAGAAAAGGGAGUAUCGUAGAAUCUGUGAAUGCUGAAAGGAAAACACCCUCAUCUGAUGGCAGCACACCAACAACAUUAUUAUCAGUUCUUCUGGAAAAGUCAAAAUACAUCAACUCUGUAGCAGCAACCUCUCCUAGUAGCAGUGUUCCCCAAAGCAAUGUACUAUCCUCACAAACAAGUAAGGACAGUCAACCAGUUUGUUUAAGUUCAACACAAUCAAGAACUACAUCUUUCAUGUCAACAGCAACUAACCCAUCACCUGUAAAAUCCAGUUCCCAGCAAAUGCUCUCAGUUUUAUUGCCACAAACUGCACACUGUGGUAAGCAGCCUAUAGAGAAUUCCAAUUCCUCUCCUACCUCGUCUACUUUUGGUGCAGGGAAGAAAACUGUAGAAAGUUCUACUACUAAUUUGGUGUCUUCUGCCAACCAGUCAACCACAGCAUUCCAGCUGAGGUAUGUUGGUCAAAUCAAAACUAAAGAAAUUCCAUCAACACCAAAUUCUGAGUCUGACUUACUGAGUGGCAUUACUAGUAGCCUUGGAAUACAGAAAUCUGCAGAGGGGCUGAAGCAAGUCGUCACAUGCAUUGACAGUGAUGUUGUAAGAGAAAUUUCAAAAAUGAUGGAAGGUGAUAAAACAAAACAUGCAAAUCUUCAUUUAGGAACUCCAAUUCAGUGCAAACCUCAACAAGAAACUGAAAGUAUGCACAGUGUUACAAGUAUUCAUAACAGAAAUGAAUUGCAUCACAAUUCAAGACAAAAAAAUCAUGAACAUUUUACAGAUUCUGAGGUGUCGGUGACCCAUUCUCAACAGAACAAUUCUAAUCCCAAACAGAAUUUAGAAUCAGCAAGUGAACAGAAUGAUGAUAUAGUAAAGAAUUAUAGACAAUCAUUAAUUGAUUCCAUAGAAAAUGGCAUAAAACAGUCAAUGGAAAAGAUUGAUGUUUCCGCAGAACUACUGGAAAAGUUGGAAGUAACUAAUAGAUCUCCUGAAACCAGAUGUGAGAAAGUGAAGGAGUGUGCAGACACUGCUGAUACAUCACCAUCUGAGAGUGAAGCUCUUGAAACUGGAAUUCAAAUUGAUCAAGAUGGGUUGGAACAUUCAUCUUUGAAGGACUCCACUGAAAAAUCUGAAGUUCCAGCUGAAUCUCAAAUUUCACUGCAUUUGAACAUGGAUAUAGAUUCUACUAAAGGAAAGGUUUCUGAAAGUUCUCCAGACAAUCAUUUGAAGGUUACUGAAGGAGAUAAAAAAGUUCCAUUGACUUUGGCUACAUUUUCAGCUGGAGAUGAGUUGAGACAAUGUACUGAAAAAAUUCCAGAAACAUCUUGUGACCAGAAGAAUGCUGAAAUGUCACCAGAAGUAGCUGGGGGACAAACCAACAGACCUUCUGAGACAGAUUCUGUAGAUCAAAUUUCAGAAAAAGCCAGCUGUGUGUUAGCUGAGGAGAGAGAAGUUAACAAUGACAACAGCAAUUUACAGGAGUUAGACAAUACCAACAGCAAUUUACAGGACUUAGACAAUACCAACAGCAAUUUACAGGACUUAGACAAUACCAACAGCAAUUUACAGGAGUUAGACAAUGCCAACAGCAAUUUACAUGAAUUACUUGCUGCAAAGGCUGAUAAAGUGUCUACAAUGAUGGAUAAGAGUUAUACUGAAAGUGAAAUUGAAGACAUAGACAAAAUUGUAGAAAAACAACAUAUACCAAUUGAAGCACAUAAAAACACUUCAAUAGAAACUGUAAACAACAUACCAGAGAAUAUGAAACUAGAAUCUGAGAAGCCAGUGGAAGAAGAAGAUGCCCAAGAUUUUCCACUGGACAAGAUCUCGGAGAAAGAUCCAGAAACAAAAGAUAAAACUUCUGAAUUGAUAAAUGAGACUUCAUCAAAUAGGGAUUUGGCAACAACUUCCAAAGAUGUUAAACAAGUAGAAAAAUCUGACAAUGUGGAACAUAUUGAUCUUCCAUCUGGAAUAGAAAGUCAAACUUCAGCAAUUGAUGGAUCUGGAAGUGACAAAGCACCAGAUGAGAAGCAAAUAUCAAAGCAAGUAGAUCAGGGAGCAGCAUUUGAAGAUUCUGUAUCCAUGGGGAAAGAUCUAAUUCAGGAAGAAAAUCCCUCUGACAUUGACCAAAAUGCUGCAACCUCUAAUUUGAAUGUAAAAACUGAUCUGGUAGAAAGCAGAGAAACAGAGGAAAACUUUGUUUCAGACAACAAUGACAACACAGAAAACCUCUGUAUGGAAGACAUUAAACAUAGCAAUAUUGAUCGAUCUAAAGUCAUUCAUAAACUUAAAAGUGACAUGAAUAAUCUUCUACACCAAAUAAAAGAUCUCAAUGGAGGCCAUGUUGCUGAAAAUUUGAGUGAGACUUUACCUGAAAGUAAGAUAAACUCCUGUCAGUCAGUAGGCAGUGAUGGAGAUGGAGAGGCUUCCAGACCUCCGGCACCAGUCCAGAAUAAGGAGGGUACAGAGGAGGGAGGUUCACAUAACAAAAGUACAGAAUUAGAUCAAGAUUAUUCAGUUCAAGUUACUGUGCCUUCAGAGAUGGACCACAAGGCAGGGAAAAGUGAUGUUGCAGAAGAUAGUGUGCAGCAAGAACAUGAUAUUGACGAAACUAGUUUACAAGAAGAGAAAAAUAUGGACAAAUCUAACCUCGGGAUAUUGGGAGAAAAUGACUUGGAAAAGGGAAAUUCCUAUUCUGUGGCAGAGAAUGAAAACUCCAAUGUACUGGAAGAAGUUAAAUGUGAGGAAAAAAUUGAAGAUAACUCUGAGCAAGAAAUUAACAAAAUUGAAGAUAAAUCUGAGGGAAAAUUUGACAAAGUUGAAGAAUUAGUGAUGGAUAAGAAACUUGAUGAGAAAAAAGAACAUGAGUUGGAUCCAAAAAAGUCUACAGAUGUUACAUGGUUCAAGAAUGUGGAAUAUAAAGAAGAAAAAAUGAAACAUUGUGAGGAUGAAAAAUCAGUAGACGAAGGAAGAGAAAUUGAAGAAGGCAAUAGGAAAUUGGACAAACUGAGAAAGAGUCAGAAAAAUAAGAAGAGUGACAUUCCUGCAAAUUUUGGAUUUGAUUUUUGUGAUGAAAGUAUUGCAGAUCAAACAAAAUCAGAACUGAAAUCAACGUCUGAAGUUACCAAGACCAAACCAAGUGAAUUUGUUAAAAUAUCUGCCCCUGAGUCAAAGCACAAGAAAUUGCAAGGGUCAGCCAUCCUGCAAACAAAAAAGAAAUACAGAGAAAAUUUGCAAGGAGCACAAGAAAAGGCAGAAAAAAUUAAAGAACACAUCAUCUCUGCCACUAAAGUAGUAGAGAUCACAGAAAAAGCACUGGCAAGUCCAGUAGAUUCGAAAGGGUUAUCUGCAGAAACAAAAAGAAAUUUGUCUGGGUCAAGUCGUGUAAAUGAUGUUGAAUCUGACCAACACUCUGUAUCUUCAACGUCAUCAAGUUCUUCCAUAUCGAGCAGUAACCUUUCACAGACUAGCCAGUCCAAUUCCGAUAAAGAGAAGGGAGUCAAAGAAGGUCUAGCAAAGAUCAACAAAUGUUUAAUUUGUGGGAAGGAAUUUAGAUCAGUUUUCAGUUUAAAAGAACAUGUAAAAAAUAAGUGUAAAUCUACAGACUUGGUACGAUCUAAAGACUAUGAAUUUACAUCACGCUUCACUUGCACCAAGUGUGGUAUGCUGUCAUCUUAUGCAUAUGAUAUGAGGGAUCAUCUCAAGAAAAAGCAUAGUAUGAUAAAUGACAAAGACUUUGAUGAUCUGGUCAUAAGUUCUUAUAAAUGUGAAAUGUGUGGUGAAUCAUUCAAGGAUAAACCAUCAAUAUACUCUCAUGUUUCCUCUGGCUGUUCACACAUUGCUUCCAACAGGAAGAGAAAAUACAGAAUUCUUGUAGAUGAUAAACAUAAAGUGAAGAAUGUGCCAAACAUUGGGAACCCUAAUCAGAGGAAACAGAGGGAACAGCUCAUCUCUGUAACAAACCAAGAUUCUCAGAAUAAAUCAGAGAAAGAAAAGACCCCAACAGCCAAAGCUGAAACACACACACAGCCGAAGUCUGCAAUCUUAAAAAGUGAAGAGACAGAUGUAAAAAUUGUUACCAACUCUGAAAGCCUUAAGAAAAUGUCAAAGGAAGAUAUAGUAUGUCCAAAUACUACUUCCUACAAGAAAUUACAGAACACAGAUUUUGAAAAAAAUACUGUAAUUUAUCCUGUUGAAGCUAGUACCUUAGAGAGCAGCCAAAACAUAGGGGAAUCAAAUGUUUCCAACCAACGGAUCACACGCUCUAAACUGGAAAACAACUUAGCAAGUCCAAUUUUUGGACAAAACCAAACUGUUGUAAAGCAGCAGGGUUUACCAGAGGAUCCCAGUAAGAAAAUAAAGAAAGGUUCAGGGAAAUCUGUAAAGACUGAAGAUGAAGAAACAUGUAGGAAGGCAGAAGUUCAGGAGGAUCUCUGUAAUAAAACUACAACAGGGAUGGCUGAGAAGGCAGAUCAGUCGUCAUCAAACCUAGAUAAUCCCAGUAAUGAUUUCCUUGAGAAGCAGUCAAAAACUGCUGUAACAAGACAGCAGUCCAAAACAAGGAAAAUGAGUCUUACUCUGAAUUGUAAUGAUCCAAAAAGUAGGAAAAAAGAUGAUUCUAAAGAUGUAUCUGAUCUCAGCAAAUUAACAUCUCCUAAACCUUGUAAACAGUUAUCUAAUAUGAGGCAGACAAGAUCUAGAGGGACAGUGGAAGAUGUUGACCUUAAGGAUUUGAAAAAAGUAGAGAUGAAUGUUCGCAGAAGUAAAACAAGAUGCCAUAGUGAAUCAACUGAUGGGCCUUUGCCAUCAGACAAUUCUGAGGUAGAAAUGCAACAGAAACCUACUGAGGAGUCAAAGAAAACGAAAUUACCUGAUAAUUCCAUUGAGAGUGGUGACAGACAUUCCAUUUCAGAAGAUAGAGAUUCCAGUCAUGGAACUAAAGAUAAAAGUCAGAAGAAGAAAAAAGAUUCCUCAUCCAAACAGUCAUUGGAAGAAGUGCCUACAAUGGGGAAGAGAUUAAUCAAAGUGAAAAAAUAUGAUCAGUAUGAAGUUCCUGAUUUCCUGAAAUCACAGGUUAACAAUUCAAACAUGAAAAGACAGUGUCGUUCAACAAAAGUCUCAAGUAAAGUUGUUGGAAAUCCAGCAUCUUCAACAAGAAGUGCCACAAAGAAUGAUCCCAUUGUGCCAACAAGAAAUUGCAGCAAAUGUGGGAAAAAAUUCUCAAAUCAGACAAAGUUGAUUAAGCACAUUGCUAGUGUUCACCUUUCUCCAGGCAAAUCCCAUACUAAUCCUCGAUAUCAAAAGUGUUCCUACCAGUGUAGAUACUGUAAAGCUACCUAUAAGUCAUAUAUACAGUUCCUGAAUCAUGUACCUGGACAUGCAGAACAGAUACUAGAGGGACUGGAAAGUAAAAUAGUCCCUGCUGUUGUUCAUGUUCCUUCAAAAUCUGCACAUGAACACGAGGCAGAACAGAUCUGUUCAACAAAUGUAGUAAACGAUGUCAAAAGUGAGGAAAUGGCAGAGAAAGAUAAACCCAUGGAAGCAUUAACUCGAGCCACAAGACAAUCAGAAAGUAAAUUAAAACAGAUCAAAGAUAACGGGGAAACUCAUGUGUCCACAAGAUCAAGACGAUUGACUGCAUCAUCAGACGGAGAACAGAAUGAUAAAAUGUCUUACAAAUCUCAAGACAACAAAACAAACAAGGAAGAAGACAAGCAUAAACUGAAUAGUGCAACUACUUUACCAAAAACGGGCAAAGAAAAGAAAUAUAAUACAACAUCAGAGGAGCAAGUCGGCAGGACCAGAAGUCGCAGCAGAAGUGCUAGGCAUUCAGAAGUCACCGAAACAAAAGAGGAGAAAUCAGACAGAGAGCUGAAUUCUUCAACCAGGCUGUUAAGAAAUAAGAAGGAAGAGGAAGAUAAUGAGAAAUUGUCCAAAAGAAAACAAGAGACUAACCCUAUUAGAAAGACGAGGCUGCAUGUCAGUCUUGAGAAAUUGUCACCAAAAGCUACAGAACACAUCACUCGAUCAAACUCAAAAAGAAAAUCAGAAUCUUUAGAUUCCUCAAUUCCUGCCAAAAAACAAAAGGAAGAGAUCUCAGAUUCCACAGAGUGUGAAACCAGUGAAUUUGAAUUAGCUGGAUCAGAUGCAGAAAUUUCAUUCCGAAAAAGAAUGUGUAGAAAGAGAAAAGUACCUAAUUUUGUAGAAAUGUGUGGAUCUGAUGUAGAUGAGACAACAGGGGAUGAAGAUUAUAAUCCAGCAGAUGAUGAAGAUGAUGUUAAUGAUGAUGAUUUUAUUCCUAAAGAAGUCAAUAUAUCAGGAAAUGUAAAGAAAAAACGUGUUGAAGUCCAGAAUGCAUGUAGUUAUGAUAAUGCCUCGGACAGAAAAAAGAGCAGUCAAGAAAUGGUUCAUGUGACAGUUGUUGAAGAUGAUGAGUUUGAAUAUGUGAAAUCUCCGACUCAUGAAUUUCAAACCUCAUCAUUAAAUGAAGAAAUCAAAAAGUCUGCCGCUGUAUUACCUGAUAAAAAACACCAAAUUGUAUUGUCAAGGUCCUCUAAGGAUAAUACAGCAUACUUACAUUCCUUCAUGUCUUAUAUUGACAACCAGAGUAAAAAAAUGACCAAUAAAGAGAAGGUUGUCAGUGAAAUGUUAACACAACAGAAACCAAGAACAAGAGAAAGAAAGUCCCUACCAGCCAAUCAGAAGGCUAAGAAAAAUAAACCUGCUGAUACAGAUAGUGAUGUUCCUUCAAAUGUAGAGGAGAAAUGUGUACAUUUAGAAACUAAUGAGAAAGCAGGAAGCAGUGCUGCCAGUCAGGCCCGGGGGACAUUCCUGGAUAGCUUCUUACAGCAUUGUAAUAAAGCAACAGAUGACCAGAUGGCAAGAAGAGCAGGAUCUGAGAGGAGAGAAAGUCCAGAGACGGCAGCCCCUGAUCGUGUGGAGCAGUCUUGUGAUAAGUCGUCAAAGGCUCAACAGAUGCAGGAAUCUUGUGAUACAAAGACAGAUGUUCUGGUGAAAGGAGAAAUGGAUAAGAAAAGUGAAAUGGACCAAACAGUUACAGACACUGAUGGUAGAGGCUUGGGGAAUGCUUUCCAGGACACAUUUAAAUCUUUUGUGACGGCAGCCUCCACGAAGGGGGAUGACUCCAUGGAGGACAACAAAGCCUCCCAGAGUGGGAGUCUGUCUGAGGUUAUCGAGGGUCUGAGUGAUUUGACAGAUCGGAGUCGCCGCGCUGGCUCAGCGGUGUCUGAGGACAGUGUACAGACAGUGAGCUCUCGGUGUACCGAUGUCAGUGAAACGAGCGAUGUAGCUCAACAUGGAGGAACAAAAUCUCACAGUGGCUCCAAAAGCAAACGAAUGAGACAUAUUUAUCACAACGGGAAAAUAUGGCAUGUUGGAGCAGGGAAUGUCACAUCAAUGUCAGUGAAGCCUGAAACCAAGGCAGAAUCAGUGCCUAGUACACCUCUGACUCCUUCACAUAGCCCUGGAAAGAGUUUAGUUAAUACAACAAAACAGCUCAUCAAAGUAGAUCGGGGUAAAAACUCUCCCCCGGACAGUGGUAAUAAUACCUAUACAUAUACAACAGUAGAAGAACUAAAAAAAGACCCACAUUCCUCAGUAAACAAAUGGAAGGUGAAAAGAGACAAAAACAAACUUAGCUUCAAAAAAUGAUAAU